AUGUCAUCCAAGCCUGAAAUCGGCUUCUGUGGCCUAGGCGCCAUGGGAAUGGGCAUGGCAACACAUCUCGUCAAGCAGGGCUACCCUGUAACCGGUUUCGACCUCUACCCACCUUCGCUCGAGAAAUUCAAGGCCGCUGGUGGCACUCCAUCAACUUCGCUCUCGGAGUCCGCAAAAGACAAGCCUUUCUAUAUCGUCAUGGUCGCCGCUGCUUGGCAAGCUCAACCUGCGCUUUUCGACAAAGACGGUAUUGUGGGUGCGCUACCAAAAGGUGCUACGCUCUUGCUGUGCUCGACAGUACCCAGCGCAUACGCGAAGAGUGUAGAGAAAGAGCUAGUGGAUAUCGGCCGGGACGAUAUCUUAUUCAUCGAUGCGCCUGUUUCUGGUGGUGCAGGACGAGCAGCAGACGGCACUUUGUCCAUCAUGGCUGGUGCUUCGUCUGUAGCUUUUGAGAAAGGUCAAUGGUUGCUAGAGGAGAUGUCCGCACCUUCCAAGCUCUUCAUUGUCGAUGGCGGUAUUGGCGCGGGUAGCAAUAUGAAGAUGGUUCAUCAAGUCCUUGCGGCAGUUCAGAUUCUUGCUCUCAGCGAAGCAUAUGGUUUCGCUGCUAGGCUGGGCUUGAACGGCAAGGAUGUGUACGAUAAGGUGCUGGGGAGUACUGGGUGGAGCUGGAUGUUUGAGAAUCGCAGUCAGAGGACUUUGAAAGAGGAUUACUUCCCAGGGGCAAGUGCAGUGACUAUCAUUCUGAAGGAUACUGGCAUCAUCACAUCUACAGCUCGUAGUGUAGCGUUCCCAGCAACCCUCUGUUCAGCCGCAGAACAAGUCUACUUCUCCGCGCUCGACCGAGGCUGGGGAGCUAACGAUGACGCUGGCAUCGUCCGCCUAUGGACUUCUGAACCCGUCACCAGCAUCCAGAGCAACCUCUCAGCCGAGGACAAAGAAGCAAAACUCCAGCUUGUCGUCAACCUUCUAACCGGUAUCCACCUCGUUUCUGCGGCGGAAGCCAUUUCCUUAGCCAAACACGUUGGCAUUCCUCUGGCACAAUUCUACGAGUUGGCCUGUGAUGCUGCAGGCGGAAGUAGCAUGUUCAAGGACGCAGGUGCGAAGAUGAUUGCGGUUUUGGAGGGCAAAGAAGAUGGCAAAGGGAAGGCACUAGGAGGGUACGCGGAAUCACUGAAGCAGGCUGUAGAUGAGGCACAAGCGAUCAAGUGUCCCGUGUAUCUUGGCACUGGCGCCUUGAAUCUUUUGUUGCAGACAGGGAGUGAGUUGAGUUUGGGCUCGCUGCUCAAGUGCUAUAUGCCCUAG